CAAACUUCAGGUUGAACAGACGCGACCUCCAUUCAUCCUUCGCAUUUGAAAAGUGGUGAUUUUAACAUCAUUUCCCACCAUAUUUAACAGAAUAAAUCACAAAUAACCCUUAACUGAGGUAAACAAGUGUGUUCGAAUUAGAAUUUAAGUGUAAAAAAUAUAAGUUGAAGUGAAAAUGGCGUUGAAAUCUCCACCGGUGCUUCUUGGUCUAUUGGCCCGAGUUUCCCGACGUACUUUUUCAACAUCGAAGGCUUUAGCUUCAAAGCCUAUGACCGUGCGCGAUGCCUUGAACCAAGCAAUUGAUGAAGAGAUGGAAAGAGACGAUAAAGUGUUCGUUUUAGGUGAAGAAGUAGCCCAAUAUGACGGAGCCUACAAAGUUACAAGGGGUCUUUGGAAGAAAUAUGGAGACAAGAGAGUUAUUGACACACCAAUCACUGAAAUCGGUUUCGCUGGUAUAGCGGUUGGUGCAGCUUUCGCUGGUCUCAAACCCAUCUGCGAGUUCAUGACCUUUAACUUCUCCAUGCAGGCUAUUGAUCAUAUCAUAAAUUCAGCAGCGAAAACAUUCUACAUGUCAGCGGGAGGCGUUCCGGUGCCGAUCGUGUUCCGCGGUCCCAACGGAGCUGCUGCUGGUGUGGCGGCUCAGCACUCGCAGUGCUUUGCCGCCUGGUACAGCCACUGUCCCGGCCUGAAGGUGCUCAUGCCGUACUCCUCGGAGGAUGCUAAGGGUCUCCUAAAGGCCGCAAUCCGUGACCCCGACCCAGUGGUGUUCCUGGAAGAUGAAAUCUUGUACGGUAUGCAAUUCCCGAUGUCCGAUGAGGCUUUGUCGCCCGACUUUGUGUUGCCUAUUGGUAAGGCUAAGAUCGAGAGGGAAGGAAAGCACAUCACGUUAGUGUGUGCAGGCAAAGCCACCGACACUGCGCUGCAAGCGGCCAAUGAGCUGGCUGGAAAAGGCAUAGAAUGCGAGGUAAUUAACUUACGCUCUAUUCGGCCGUUGGAUUUCGAUACGAUCGCACGCUCUAUCGCCAAGACGCAUCACCUCGUCACCGUGGAGCAGGGCUGGCCCCAAUCUGGCGUGGGCGCGGAGAUAUGCGCGCGCGUGAUGGAGUCGCCGUCGUUCUUCGAGCUGGACGCGCCGGCGUGGCGCGUGUGCGGCGCCGACGUGCCCAUGCCCUACGCGCGCGCGCUCGAGGCGCUCGCCCUGCCGCGCGCGCCCGACGUCGUCGCCGCCGCCGCCGCCGUGCUGGCCAACCGGAUUGCCGGCGAAGCCGCGGUGUGAGAUGAGUUAGGAAUCUCUAGAUACGCCACCGGAAAUUAAUGUAAAUAUUUAUUGUAUCCAUGUAUUGCAGUGAACGAAAUGUGAUCAUUAGGAGAAUUAUAUUAUUGUUAUUAG